AUGGGCGCCACCAUACCCAUGCGCAUCUAUGAGUGCCUGCGUGGGUCCAGCAUGCUGCGCUGCACCAAGUUGUAUGUGCUGCAGAAGCUGGACGAGCGCAAGCAGUCGCCGCAGUCGGGCAACUUGACCAAGGACUUUAUGGAUCAGUUCUUUGGCGAGGAGACGCAGCUGGGCAGUCUGAUCUCGGUGAAGUAUCAGCAAAUGUCCGAGAAGGAGUUGAACAAGCGGCUGGUGCAAAACUUUCAACGUUUCUUCAAGCAUCGCGACAUCAAGCUACACUUUCUGCCUGGCAUGCUGGUCAAGAUUGUGCCCAGCAAGGAGAACAAACUGAAGUUUACGCUCAAAAAGGCACACAAGCCACGUAUGGGUCGCGCACGCCGACGUGAGGCUGAGGACAUGCAGCUAAAUCUCAUGAAUCUGCCUACGAUGCCUGCGAUGGGUGGCAGCAGCGCCAGCGUCGAAAAUUAUGAGCCAGAGGCAGAGGGCGACUCCAAGCAGCAGGGUCUUUUGGGUGGCGGCGGAGUGGGAGUUGCUGGUGGCGAAGGUGGCGGUGUCUUGCUCAACAAACGCAAGAAGAAGCAAUCGUCCAAGACGACCAUGUUGCAAGUGGCAGUGCCCAUUUUGCUGCUGCCAGCCAUACUCUUGGCCAGCAUGUUGCCUUUUAUUCUGCCCACGCUUAAGAUGGCCACCAUUUUGUCGCUCUUUAUGAAUAACGGUGCCUUCCUCGCCGCCAUGUUGUACGCCUACGCCGCGACCUCCGGCUCGAGCGCUGCCAACCAGCCGCAGCACAUCAGCUAUGGCUAUGCCGAUGGCUUCCACUGA